UGCAAAUCACGUUACAUUUUGUUUUGCCAAGUUUAUGUUUGUGCUCGCCGCGAGGUAGGGUUGUGGGAAUUAGUUCUGGGCCAGGAUGGAAGACGAUAAAAUUACGAAUUUGAAGGACUUGGUAGACCGGCUGACGUUUGGCGUAACCAGGAUACUGGCUUCGAAUGACAGUCAUGGCCUCUCCCUUGCGUUCUUGCGCAGUGACUGACUCCCGUCCAGGCAUCCGGGGUUUUCUAGUCCAGCCCGCCCCAGGUGGUGAUGUUGGAUCUCGAGCAUUAAGAAAGUCGACCUGGUGUGACAGAAGUUAGAUAUGUAGAAAGGGACCCAGCAGAACGCCAUAUGAUUGUAUCAUGGGAACAGAAGUACUGUUGUUCACUCCCAGAGGAUCUAAGGAACUUUUAUCUAAUGACUGAUGGUUUUUUGAUGACUUGGAGUAUCAAAUUUGAUGGCAGUAACAUGCAAUUGGGAACAAUGUUAAUCAACAGUGUUUCAGCACUCUGUCGACUGGGCACAACAUCCAUUUACAACUUGCCAAAUGCUGCCACUUUGGCAGACCUAGAAAGUGAUACAGAGGAUGAAGAUAAAGAAGAAACGUUCAAGAAACCACAUUUUAAUUCACAAUGUCGGAUUUUUGAGUUGGAUUCUUGUGAUGGAAAUGGGAAAGUUUGCCUUGUUUACAAAAACACCCAAUCAGGAGUUGUAUCUUCUUGUGCAGAAAUCUGGUUCCUGGAUAGAGCACUUUACUGGCAUUUUUUAACUGAUACAUUCACAGGCUACUAUCGACUUAUGCUCAUUCACUUGGGACUACCCCAAUGGCAGUAUGCACUAACAAAAUAUGGCAUUAGUCCUCAGGCUAAGCAAUGGUUCAAUAUGUACAAGCCUAUUGCCUACAAUUCCAAUGUGGUAGCAGAUGACGACAUGGCUUUCAUUAAUAAGUUAGAUCCUAAUCAAGUGUUUAAGACCAAAAAUAAGCUUCAACCCGCAAGAAAAAAGACUUGUGUUCCGAUAGCUGGACCACAGAAGAGUCAGGCCAGUUUGGUCACAAACAAAAACUUAACUCAAAUGGGAAGUACUACUACCAAAAAAUGAUUCCUUAUUUUAUGUGCUAACAUCUGGAACAAUUGAUGCAGACAUUUGUCUGUUUUGUCAACUGAGUAUUUAUACUUAUGCUGCUGUCACAAAGAGGCAAGACAGACUGGAUGAAGAUAACGAAAGUAAUAUUGAUCCAGCUUCCUGCAAGUACAGAAAAGGUGGUGUAUGAAUGUUGUUGCCAUCAUGUACAUCAUGAUGCAAAUGCAUGGUUUGCAAAAUACAUUAUUAUGAUGAUGAAGGCUCUCACUGGUACAAUACGUGUUAAUAAUUACUAACCCACAGUUCUUUUAAGCUUGUUCAAGUUUUAAAUGCAAGUUUGAAAUUUAAUGAAGUAUGCUAUGCAAAUGGAAUCUGUGGUAUUAUCUAUUUUUGUUAUACUCAAUCAGAUUUCAGUUGGUUAUGAAGCUACCUAUCUUAUGAAUAAAACAAUAAACAAUAUAGUGCAGGAUCACUGAUUUCACUCCAGAAUGCAUGUAAUUGAUAGCCAGAACAAUUUUUUACAUAGAUGAUUUAUUAAAGUUUCCCCCUCCAUGGUAGUUCCCUUCAUUUCACGGAGAAUAAGAAAUAACCAUUUUAUGACAACAGAGCCUUGAAUCAUCUGGUAUAAUCUUUCAGUUAAAAUAUAUAUUUCAUUUGAACAAAUUGCAAGUUUAUAUGAGCACUGAGCAGGUAGUAACUUUCCAAUGUGCUGCAUAUCUCUAAUAUGAUAAUUUUUAAUGGUAAUUAGGAAAAAUUGUUAUUGCUUACUAUUGUUUCUAUUUCAGAUUUAAUCAGGCUAAUAUUUCUUGAUUUACAUAAUACUAAACCUUAAGUUUCUGACAUGCUUCAGACUUUUCUUUUAUUUACAUCUAUCAGAUCUACCCUCAUUCUCCGGCAUUCUAGAGAAAACCGAGUUUGUUCAACCUCUGUAGCUAAUACCUCGUAAUCCAAGCAGCAGUCUGGAAAACCUCUUCUGCAUCCUCCCCAAAGUCUUAUCAUCCUUCCUGCAAUGGGACAACCAGAACUGUACAAUAGGUGCAGGAGCAGGCCAUUUGGCCCUUCGAAAUACUCCAAAUGCACCCAAAUCAAAGUCCUCUAAAGCUGCAACAUGUUAAGCCUCGACCAAUGAAAGCUAGUAAACCAUUCACCACCUUUACCACUCUAUCUACUUGUGUUACCAUUUUAGGAAACUAUGGACCUGGACCCA